AGGUGAGCGGGCCGAAGCAGGACGACCUGUUCAAGGCCUACGCGCGCCUCUGCGGCGACGACACGCCCAUGGUGCGCCGGCAGGCCGCCAGCGUGCUCGGGGAGGUGGCGUCCGUGGUGCCGCAGGAGUCGAUGUUGGCCGAGCUGGUGGAGGUGUUCGAGAAGCUCUGCAGGGACGAGCAGGAGUCCGUGCGUAUCCUCGCCAUCUCCAACUGCGUGGCGCUGGGCAGGCUGAAGCGCGGCGCCGAGUGGCAGGCGCAGAUAUUCCCCGUGGUGGAGUCGUGCGCGCAGGACAAGUCCUGGCGGGUUAGGUACGUGAUGGCGGAGCACGUGCACACCCUCUGCGAGGUGUUCCACACGAAGGCCACCCACAUCGUGCCCCUGUAUCUUCAGCUGCUCCAGGACCAGGAGGUCGAGGUGCGGACCAUCGCCGCCGCCCGCAUCGCGGGCGUGUCGAAGGUCAAGCCGGACAAGGACUUCCUGGAGACUCUAAUCCCCGUGAUGGAGAAGCUCACCGCGCCGCGAGAGCGGUCGCAUCACGUGCGCGCGGCGCUCGCCGGGGCCGUGCUGUCGCUUUCCCCGGUCUUCGGGCCCAGCCUCACGGUGGACUACCUCGUGAACAUCUUCCUCCACCUGAUCAAGGACGAGAGCGCGGACGUGCGGCUGAAGCUGAUCGGCACCCUCGGGGAGCUGUCGGCCGUCAUGGGCAUCGACGUGCUGUCCCAGUCCCUGCUGCCUUGCAUCAAGGAGCUCGGCAGGGACAGGCAGUGGCGCGUGCGGCUCAUGGUCAUAGACAGCAUGCCCUCCCUGGCGAAGUACCUGGGGCCGGCCAAGUUCACGGAAGAGCUGAGCGGCCUGUUCGUGGCCUGGCUCGAGGACCCCGUCUGCUCCGUGAGGGACGCCAUCGCCGUGAACUUCCGCCGCCUCUACGUGGAGUUGGGCGCGGUGGCGGAUCGCGUGGUGCGAGACCCACCUCGUCCCGCGGCUGCAGGCGCUGCUGGAGCACGGCAACUACCUCUACCGCAUCUCGGCCGUGCUGUGCGCCGGCCGGCUCGCGGAGGUGGCCGCCCGGGAGCUCUUGGAGAGGCACCUCGUGCCGCUGGUUGUGAAGUUGGCGGCCGACCCCGUGCCGAACGUCUGCUUCAACACGGCGAAGGUAAUUCAGGCCAUGCAGCCCUUUGUGGCCAAGACGAGCCCCGCCGUCACGGAGGCCCACCUCA